GCCGCCGCCGCCGCCGCCGCCGCCACCGCUGGCCCGAGGCCGCAGCGGGUUUGUGUGCAGCAGGCACUGCAGAACGCACACCGAGGACAGGAAGACACAGACCCGCGUCUGCUGCCCUGCACACCAGAAGGCUUCGGAUCUUCAGCGGCUGUGAAAGUGAAGUUUGACUUGAAAACAGACAUUUCCAGCAGUGCAAAACCAAAAAGUUUCAAGAUGAGAUUCUUCUAAUAAGUAUCCAGCUGGUCCC